AUGGCGGCCAUACGCCGCGCUUUCCCUCUUAUAGGGGCCCUCAUCCUGAUGGUGUUACUCAGCAACCCCACCUCUCAUUCCUGGGGCCCCCUGCUGGCUCAAGCACGCUCUUCUACGCGCCGCAUGGGCAGGUCCAGCAGCCGCGGCAGAAACCUCAGGAGGAGCUCUUACUCAUACCCCAGGAACAGGCCGCAGCAACCACCAACACAACGCAGCCCCCCUCCUCAGCAACCCCGGCAGCAGCAGCCACAGCAGCAGCAGCAGCAGCAGCAGCAGCAGCAGAAGCAACAGCCUCAGCAACAGCAGCAGCAGCAUCACCAGCAGCAGCUGCAGCAGCAGCAGCAGCAGCAGCAUGAUCAGCGCGUUCGCACCCCAGAGGCCCCUGCAGCAGCACACACUACCCACACACCUGCAGCAGCAGGGGCCCCCCAGCAGCCUCCUGCUGGGAAUGUAGGCGGGGGGCCCUAUCCAGCUGCUACGCAGCCCAGAGCAGCAGCAGCAGGGGCCCCCGAGCAGCAUGCAAGCCAAACCACAGCAGCAGCAGCAGCAGCAGGGGCCCCUCAGCCUCCAGCUGCUGCUCAGAAAACAACAGAAGUAGCAGCAGCAGCAGGGGCAUCGCAGCAGCAUCCUAGUCUGCGGUCUCCUGCUGCAGCAGGGGCCCCUCAGCAGCAGCCUGCUGCAGGCAGCAAUGCUACGCAGCAGCAGACAGCAGCAAGACAAACGCAGAUCAUACAGACAGCAGCAACAGCAGCAGCAGCAGCAGCGAUGCAUCUGCUGCUCCUGUAG